GCACAGCCUUUCCUUUCUAGCAUCACUUACAGCAGGAGGAGGACGGCUGGGAAGAAGUAAAAGAAGAAGGAUAACCCGCAGAGCCAGGCACAGCAGGAGAGGAAGAGAAGAUGUCUGGACAGACGCUGACAGAUCGCAUUGCAGCUGCACAGUACACAGUGACUGGCUCGGCUGUGGCCAGGGCAGUAUGCAAGGCCACCACUCACGAGGUGAUGGGACCCAAGAAAAAGCACCUUGACUAUUUGAUCCAGGCCACCAACGAAUCCAAUGUGAAUAUUCCGGAGUUGGCAGACACACUGUUUGAACGAGCCACGAACAGCAGCUGGGUGGUUGUGUUCAAAGCCUUAGUCACAACUCACCACUUAAUGGUCCAUUCAAAUGAGAGACUAAUCCAGUACUUAGCAUCACGGAAUACACUAUUUAAUCUUAGUAAUUUUUUGGACAAAACUGGAUCACAUGGGUAUGAUAUGUCAACAUUUAUAAGACGUUACAGCAGGUAUCUCAAUGAAAAAGCCUUCUCCUACAGACAAAUGGCAUUCGAUUUUGCAAGAGUAAAGAAAGGGGCCGAUGGGGUAAUGAGGACGAUGGCACCUGAAAAGUUGCUAAAGGGUAUGCCGAUACUGCAAGGGCAAAUUGAUGCUCUCCUUGAAUUUGAUGUUCACCCAAAUGAAUUGACAAAUGGUGUUAUAAAUGCUGCUUUUCUGCUACUUUUUAAAGAUCUUAUCAAGCUGUUUGCCUGUUAUAAUGAUGGCAUAAUUAAUUUAUUGGAAAAAUUCUUUGAGAUGAAAAAGGGACAGUGCAAAGACGCCCUAGAAAUUUACAAGAGAUUCCUUACUCGAAUGACUAGAGUUUCCGAAUUUAUGAAAAUUGCUGAGCAAGUUGGUAUUGACAAAGGAGAUAUUCCUGACCUUACACAAGAUGGUAUCAUCGAUGAGCCGGCCCCAAGCAGCUUAAUGGAAACAUUGGAGCAACAUUUAAAUACACUGGAAGGAAAGAAACCUGGGGGCAGGUAUGUCUCUGGAUCUCCUCUGGGCAAGUCUUCUCCUGCUACAACAGUCACAUCUCCAAACACUACUCCAUCAAAAACUGUAGAUACAUCUCCCCCUGUGGACCUUUUUGCAACUGCAAGUACAGCGUCUCCAAUAUGUUCAGCAAAGCUGUCUAAUGACCUUCUGGAUCUGCAACCUGACUUCACAUCAUCUACUGUACAUUCUGGACCAUCUGUUCCUGCAGGAGCGAGUGCUUGGGGAGACCUGUUGGGCGAGGACUCUCUUGCUGCACCUUCCACUGCAAUCUCUUCUGAGCCACCUAGUCUUUCUGAUCCUUUUUCUACUGAGCCCAGCAGCACCCCUACUCCUGCACCCGCUGAAACUACAGCCUCCUCUGUCUCUGCUACUGCUGCCACUGUCACCACUGCCUCUGCUGAAGUUGACCUUUUUGGAGAUGCCUUUGCCGCUUCUCCUGGCGAAGCCCCUGCAACAUUAGAAGGGGCUGCAGCACCAGCCACUCCUACCCCUGUUGCGGCGGCCCUUGAUGCAUGCUCUGGAAACGACCCCUUUGCCCCAUCUGAAGGUAGCGCAGAAGCUGCUCCUGAACUGGACCUUUUUGCUUUGAAGCCGACUGAAACCAGUGCUCCUGUAGUUACCCCCACGACUAGUACAGCCGCUACGGCUCUUGCAACUACUCCUUCUCCUCCUCCUCCUCCUCCACCUGCUGCUGCAGCAGUUACUUCUACUACUACUACAACCGCUACCACUACCACUGCUGCCACCACAUCCUCCAACACUACCACAACAACUACAGCUACUCCUGCUCUAGAUAUCUUUGGUGAUUUAUUUGAUUCUGUUUCGGAGGCGGCUGCUGCUCCUCAGCCAGAUGCUACACCUAGCAUAGACCUGUUUGGCACAGAUGCUUUCUCAUCUCCACCACAUGGGGCCUCCCCUGUGCCUGAGAGUUCCCUCACUGGCGACCUCUUAUCUGUGGACGCAUUUGCAUCUCCAUCUCCUGCACCCACCGCCUCUCCUGCCAAGGUGGAAACUUCAGCUGUGCUUGACUUAUUUGGUGAUGCUUUUGGAGUAACAGAACCACAGCCUGCAGCCUUGGCACCUACCAGUUCUUCGGCUUCAGCAGACCUCCUGGCUGGAUUUGGAGGAUCCUUUAUGGCUCCUUCUCCUACGCCGAUUACCCCAGCGCAGAAUAACCUCAUUCAACCAAGCUUUGAUGCUGCAUUUGGAGCCGCUCAGCCAGCUGUCACUGGUGGUGGGAGCACAUUCGAUGCCUCAGUGUUCGACGGUUUAGGCGAUCUUCUUAUACCCACCAUGACGCCCACGUCCCAGAUGCCAUCUUCACUUACAUCAGCAAAUAAUGCAGCAUCAGGCAAGGGCAUGGGGAGUGACCUUGAUUCUUCUCUUGCAAGCUUAGUAGGCAAUCUUGGCAUUUCUGGCACCACUGUAAAAAAGGGAGACCUUCAGUGGAGUGGAGGCGAGAAAAAGCUGACAGGCGGUGCCAACUGGCAACCAAAGGUAGCUCCAGCAACAUGGGCAUCUGGAGGACAAUCUAGUGCUCCUAUGCAAGGGUCUGCCCCUCCUGCCACUGGUGGCCCACCAUCAGCAAGUGCUGCUCCAAGCACACAGACAGGAACAGGUUUUCCUCUUCCUUCAUCAGGAUCAGGGCUACCAAUGAUGCCCCAACAGCCAAUGAUGUAUGCACAGCCCAUGAUAAGGCCGCCCUUUGGAACCGCUGCACCGCUGUCUCCAAGUCCAACUCCUGCUUCUCAAAGUCCCAAGAAGCCUCCUACAAAGGAUCCAUUAGCAGACCUCAAUAUCAAGGACUUCUUAUAAACCUGUAAGAUGCUGUUUUUGUGACAUGACGAUGUGAGUUUGGAGCCUCCCAAGAACAGAUUGCUGCUCAGAGUUUCUAAGUUAGCCACCAGAACCAAACACCAUGCUUGGAUAUCUCUCUCCUGAAAUGUGUAGCACAGCUGUGAAAGUAAACAUUAGCCAUGUGUUCUACCUUAGCUGUUUUCUGCUACUAUAGCUCAUUUUUUGUGCAUAUGGGAUUUUGUGUGCAUUUUCUGUUUUCAUCUUUGGAUGUAUGUUGCCUUCUAGUUGUGUUCUGUACCUAUCUGAUUUGUACAGAUUAUGCAGGUAUUGUGUGUGCGCUGAGCAGUCUGAGGAGAGGUGUCUGUGUGUUAUGAAGGUUUUGAUGUAUAUAAUGUGUGAAAAUCCCUGUCCCUUACCUCUGUCACGAUAAAUUGUGUGAAUACAACAGAAAACACUCCAAUACAAACGUUUUGUUGUGUACGUUGUGUGUGUGUGUGUGUGUGCGCUAUCCACAGGAAUAUUCAUUUUAAACAACCCUUUGUUUUGUUUUAUUGUGAUUUAUGUGUUUAAGUAUAUUUAUCAUUCAGAGUAAUGUAAAGACAAAACUGCAUAUAUUGCUCUAGCUCUAGAGCAGAGACACAUAUCAUGAAAAAAUACAUUAUUUAUCCUUUAUUUUUCUUUGAUUUAAAAUGUUUAUUUUUUUUUUAUUAUUAUUUUAAUUGGAGUAUACAUCUGUUCUGUUGUGAUAUGCACUGAGUAAAGGUUAAUUGUGCAUUCAUUUUGUGUUAUCUUGAACAACUGUGGGUGUAUCCCUCUUUUGUGCAUCUGUAGUCAAUGCAUAUAUUAAUAUAAUUUUUAUUAUUUUGUUUUACUGUAAUUUCAAUUGAUUUGUGCUGGUUUGUGUUCCUUUUAGAUUGUUUGUUUCUCUCAUUCUCGAAGUUGUUUGUGAGUAGUUAAUUUUCUUUUUUGUACAGUUUGUGACUCUCCUUUCCUGUACAUAUUGUGACAGUUCCUUUGCAUUCACACACUCAUUAUGUUUUGUGCUGACGGCUUGGCUUAAGUCAUGGUCCAUACAAAUAAGGUCACUAUUGGUCGGUGUUACAAGUGGCUUGACAGCUGUUUGUAGAAGUCCGUUGGAUAGGAAAGAUGUUCACCUGUUGCAAGUCUUUCAAAAUGAACUAUUUAAUCAAUGGUUGUAUCUGAAAUUACUGUGGGGAAAACAUACACUCUAAAUGGGGGAUAAAGUAUUUAAAUUCAAUUUCAAAAUGGCUUUCCUUUGUAUCUUGGUUUCAAGACCCAGUGCAUGUAUGCCCUGUGAGAUGCAAUAAACACCUUGAACAGAAGCAAA